UGACAGCAAGAAUGCGUCCUGCAAGCUAACACACGUCUGCAGAUAACAAAACGUCCAACAGGCUUUCAUUGCAGUCUGAGAGAGAUCUGCUGAGGGGAGAUGAGAGGAUACAGAGCCAUAAAGUACACUUUAUUCAUCUGCUGCCACGUCUUCUGGGUUGUGAGCGCCGUGCUCGCAGCAGUCGGGAUCUACGCCAAAAUUGCAAAGGAGAAAGAUGUGGUUGACACCCUGAUGUUGGAUCCAGCUCUGCUCCUGAUCGUCGUUGGUUCAGCGAUGUUUCUCAUCACGUUCCUCGGAUGUUUCGGGGCCCUGCGUAACGCCACCUGCCUGCUGAAGACGUUUCUGGGGAUCCUGACGGCCAUCCUCCUGCUUCAGAUUGCUGCUGGGGUUGUGGGAUACCUCUUCACUGACACGGUGAUGGAGAGGACAGAGAUGCUGAUGAUGAAGGCCAUCGUCCGCUACAGGGAGGACCAGGACCUGGAGAACGCCAUCGACUUUAUCCAGAAGAAGUUUCAGUGCUGCGGGGUUGAGAGCUAUAAGGACUGGUCCCGUAAUGUCUACUUUGAAUGCACAGAGACAAACCCCAGCCUGGAAGCCUGCGGAGUUCCCUUCUCCUGCUGCAUUAACUUGCAGAACCAGACGGUGGUGAACACCAUGUGUGGUUAUGGCAUGCAGCCGCUGCAGGAGAAAGCGGCCGGCCUGAACGUCUUCACCAUGGGCUGCCUGGAGAAGAUAGUCUGGUGGGCAAAACACAACCUGCUGCUGGUGGCCGGUCUGACCGGCGGCCUUCUGCUGCUCGAGGUCUGCAUGAUCUGCUUGGCUGCAGCCCAAAUCUCCAGGAUAAAGAAAGUACAUCAGCUUAAGAACGCAAAAGCAACGAGAAGCCGGUUGGAAAGGAAGGACAGCUCCUGGUAUCCUGCUUUUGCAGACUUCGAUGAAAGUGAUCAUGGAGAUGGAGAGAAAUAAUGUCUGACAGAUUUAUCUAUUAAGGGACUUUUGUUCGUUCUAGGUCAAAAUGACAGCACCUGGGUGUUUAUCAAACUAUGCGAGACAUGCUCUGUUUACUGUGAACUUCUAGUUUGACAUACUUGCGAGAGGAACAGGUUAAUUUUCUUGCACUGUAACGUCUGAAACAGAACCCAGAAAUGUUGUCGGUGGAAUGGCAUUUAUUAAAAUUAGAUAACAUUUCUGGAGUUUCAGGCAGGUUUGUAUGAAAGAGUUGCCAUAAUUCAUAAGUAUCCCAACAGAAUGUUUUUUAUAUUACCAAAGUAAUUAUGAACAAGUGAAGUAGGGAAAAUCACAUGUGCUCCACCCAAGUCUGGAGUAAAAUUAAAGGAUUGAACUACUCCCAAUUAUUAAAGUACUUUCAUCAGACAAUUGUAAAUAAAUGAAAGACAUAUGACCAUUACUAUAUAUGUAUAUGUAUGUAUACAUAUAUAUAUUGUAAUAUAUUAAUAAUUAGUAUAUUAACAAAAUAUAUAUUUAUAUAAAGGUAAAUUAAUCUAUUUAUUUAACUUUUAAGUUAAAAGUUAGGUAAAAAAACAGACAAAGCUGCAACCAGAAUUAAAAUAAAUAAAAUCCUGUACAAAUUUUGUUUUGAAGCUACACUUACGUCUAUCAGUGUAAUAUUCUGAUGUUUUUAGAGGGUGCAAGAUUAUUCACACCCGUCAUGACACAUGGAUUUUAAGUCCACUCAAAACAUGGCUCCAUUUUACAAUGUUGAGUUUAAAGCUCCAGAACAAGAACCAGCCUCUUUUAUCCCAUAAUAAUAACGUAGACAAAACGUCAUACUGGUUUUAAAGUUAAAACAAAGUGACCAAAGCUUUCUAUGAAUGUCCUUGAGUAGAGAGUGUGCGAAGCCAGGGAACUCUCGGUAAACCGGAUCAAUCCCUGUUGUUUCUCCCUCACUGGUAGUCUUCAUUGUGACUUUAAUCUGUGGUGGAGGAUUAGCCGGUGAAACACCUGUGGCUGCACGACGUCACAAAGAUUCGGUCCUGUAGGCCCCCACGUUGGCUCUAUUGGAUUACAGUGCUCUGCCAUUGCAUUAGAAUUAGCAGUUAGCGGCAUAGUGACAAUGUCCUUCUCUGCCUGGGUCUCCUCCGUACAUUUGUGCUUAAGGUGGUAUAGUUUAAAGGGUUUACAUUUACAUUACAAUUUAUCUUUAGUGCCAUCAUCUUCCCUAGUAUAAAAUUAUACAGUUCUUCCGGACCCUUGUGCCCAAGCCUGUUAUCCUGAAUUCAGCUUUGAGGUAAUAUUACAACUUUUAGGGCAAAUAAGGCACUAUUCUCAAAAUGAUUAAAAACAUAUUUACACAAUUAAUAAAAAACAAA